UCGCAACUUCAAACUUCAAACCCACCUGAACGCCAUCGUUCAAUUUGAAGUGAUAGCAGUACCCAAGAUAUUACGACGAGAGAAUAUCUAGCAAGAUGGCUUCAGGCCCACCCGUUGCCACCGUUUACGUGAAGAACCUCGAGGAGCGCGUCAAGCCCGAGCCCCUCAAACAGGCCUUAUCAGCCGUAUUCUCCGAAUAUGGAAAUGUCAUCGACAUCGUCGCGAAGCGCAACCUGAAAGCCAAAGGACAGGCCUUCGUCGUGUUUGACCGCCCGGAAUCAGCUGCCCAGGCCGUUGAGGAGAUCCAGGGCUUCGAGCUGUUCGAGAAGCCGAUGCAAGUCGCGCUCGCGCGUACUAGGAGCGAUGCAACUGUUCUAAGCUCUGGUAAUAAAGACGAGUUCGAGCUGCACCAGCGAAGACGGUUGGCUGAGAAAGACAAAAAGAAAGCCUUCGAAGCAGCGGAAGAGCAAAAACGCCUCAAGCGUCCCGGCGCCGUCCCCGCUCCAGGCGAAGCCUCGCGUCCCGCAAAGACAGCGCGCGGCCUCAAGCCAACGGGUCCCUCCGCAGGUCCCAACGCCGUCGUGCCCGACGAAUACCUGCCCCCGAACAAGAUUCUCUUCGUGCAGAAUUUGCCGGACGACUACCACGACAUCGAAGCGCUUACCGGUAUCUUCGGACGCUUCGAGGGCUUCAGAGAGGUGCGGUUGGUUCCUGGUCGCAAGGGCAUCGCGUUUAUUGAAUACGAGGCCGAGGCUGGGGCUAUCACCGCGAAGGAGAAUACGGCGGGUAUGUCGCUUGGUGAGAAAUUCAUUAAGGUCACGUACCAGAGACAGUAGAUUCGGUCCUGGUGCUAGUGGGAUGGCUUGUAUGAUAGAUAGUCUGCUUAUACCCCCUUUUGCACUUGGCUUAAUGUGGAUAUCGUAAAUGGCAAGUAGGUAACCAUUAGUAGCAAAGUGAAGCGAAAAGACAGAUUGCGAGAUUUGCUUAUGACAU